AAACCUCGAAAACGAGGUAUGUCGGUAAAACGAAAAAACACGCGGGUCAGUACGGGAAUGAAAUCCAUUGGGAUCAAAUCUGUGGAUGAACUUUUCAAGCAAGCGAUUGCGCCGUUAGCUGUUUCAAUGGAUAUGCGUGGAAAACUGGAAUCUGCACUGGUAGACUGGCGACACGACUGCGGUUUAGGGCCAGCUGGCACCAUUCGGCAAGGUCUACGACUAAUGGUCUCCAGAACAAAAACCGCUGCCUUAAAUGUGUCUCCGCCACAUACACCUCAAGGAUCGGAUGAUGCAUCCGGACAUGAUGAUAAUUCACCCAGCUUUGCAAUCUGUAGUGACGAGAAAACUUAUCCGAUGAUCGUCACGCAUGGAGUAUUCCCGGAGCAGCUGCAAAAAACAUUCGACUCGAUGUCUGUGCUUUUAGACAUCUGCGCAAAAAUACUGGUCAACACGGAUCCACUGUUAACCCAGCUGGAGGAUGCGACGAAGCGCAUAAGUGAGUGUUACGACGAGCUGUCAGCUUUGUGUUUAAGCGCCGGACUGAGAGGUCUAAAGGCCACCAGAGCAUCCGAAAAUUUCGCGUGGAAUGUUCGACUUUUGAAAGCACAACUCACGUUGAUGAGUAAAACUCAGGCUGAAGCCAAUGAUAUCGUUACCCAGGUUCGUAAUCCUUUUGGCGCAUAUUCUGGUUGGCUGCAAGCUGACAAAAAGGUUGAAUAAUC